AUGGGGAAGUUUAGAAGAGGUUUAGGAUUGUGUUUUGUGGUGCUCGCACUUGUGGUGGUGUUUGUAGGGUUGGGUGAGGGAAGGCGGUUAGAGGAAACGUACAAUGUAGGUAAGGAGGGUUAUGUAGGGGAGGAAGGAGGUUUGGGAGGUGGUUAUGGUGGAGGCUAUGGGGGUGGUGAAGGUGGUGGAUAUGGAGGUGGUCAAGGAGUUGGCAUUGGUGGUGGACAUGGAGGUGGUAUAGGUGGAGGUCAUGGAGGUGGCUUUGGUGGUGGAGGUUAUGGAGGAGGAAAAGGCGGUGGUAUUGGAGGUGGUGUAGGAGGUGGCCAUGGAGGUGGUAUAGGUGGUGGAUAUGGAGGAGGCAAAGGUGGUGGUAUUGGAGGUGGGAUUGGUGGAGGCCAUGGGGGCGGAGUUGGUGGUGGUUAUGGAGGAGGCAAAGGGGGUGGUGUUGGAGGUGGAGUAGGAGGCGGUCAUGGAAGUGGUGUGGGUGGUGGAUAUGGAGGAAGCCAAGGUGGUGGUGUUGGAAGUGGGAUAGGAGGUGGUCAUGGAAGUGGAAUUGGUGGUGGUUAUGGAGGAGGACAAGGUGGUGGCUUAGGAGGUGGUCAUGGAGGAGGUGUUGGUGGUGGCCAAGGAGGUCCAGGUGGAGUUGGUGGCGGUUAUGGAGGAGGUAAAGGUGGGGGAAUUGGAGGUGGACAAGGAGGUGGUGUAGGUGGUGGGCAAGGAGGCGGUUAUGGAGGUGGAAAAGGUGGAGGCGUUGGUGGUGGAGUAGGAGGUAGCCAUGGAGGUGGUGUUGGUGGUGGAUACGGAGGUGGAGUUGGAGGGGGUUAUGGAGGAGGUGCAGGAGGAGGACAUGGAGGUGGAGUUGGUGGUGGUAUUGGCGGAGGACAUGGAGGUGGAGCUGGUGGUGGUAUCGGUGGAGGACACGGAGGUGGCUAUGGAGGAGGAGCUGGUGGUGGCUCUGGCGGAGGAGUUGGAGGAGGUUAUGGAGGUGGUGCUGGUGGUGGUCAUGGAGGAGGAUAUGGAGGUGGUGGCUACUAA